AAUUCAAGCAAUAUUAGCAAUUGAGAAUUGGAAAGUUGGGAGAGAGAAGAAGACUGAAGAAAACAAGUUAUUUCUCAUUUCCAUUCUUUUCGAUUUUACACUUGAGCUCCUCUGCAACACUUGAAGAAUUCUCUGCUAAAACCUCCUCGAAAACUGUGAAAAUUUUCAAAAAUGGAGGAAGUAAGAUCGGCAAUGGAGGAUCACAUGAAUCAAAUGGCGGAUCUUGUUCAAAAGUUGUCCGAUGAGCUUCGUUCUGGUUUCGCACCUGCUUACGAUAAUUUCAUGGGUUUCUUCCACGCCAUUGAUUGGAAGGAGCCAUGGUUGAUGGGCAUAUUGGGAUUCUACGUAUUUCUGUUGCUGACAAUUAUCUUCUCCAGGAAGCAUGUCAACUUCCAAAUGUGUCUAUUUCUUCUUGCUUUGUCUGGUGUAUAUCUUGCUGAAAGACUGAACCGGUUUCUUGGUACUCACUGGGAAAGUUUUGCUACUCAGAACUAUUUUGACCCACAUGGACUUUUCCUCUCUGUAGUAUGGUCUGGUCCGCUUCUCGUAAUUGCAAUGCUAAUCUUGAUAAACACCCUCUUCUCAUUGUGCCAUUUGAUUGUUCGAUGGAAAAGGGCUGAGCUUAGACACCGUGCAAAACUUGAGAAGAAGGAGAAUUAAAUUUGUUGUUAAUUAGCAGAGGUUGGUCUGUCAAAAAAGGCGUAGCAUGCUUAGUGCAAGGUGUAUGAUUUCUGCUGCAUGGUCUUCAAUGGUUCAUCUUGUUCGAGGCUCAGUGUAGGGUGAGUUACUAGCGUUGGACUUGUAAGUCAUGGUUUUGCAGCGCAUCCAAUUUUCGUGGUAUAACAACAGAGUUCAACAACAUUCUUAGAGUAUACUUUUUUGCAAUUAGUUUGUACUUUGUAAGCUAAAAAAAUGGUUAUGAACUUAUGAUACACUUCUAAGCUUUUUUUUUUCAAUUAGUUUUUUUUUUAAUCUGUACAACAAUUCAGACAUUGUUCUUGAUUUAUUAUACUGAAUAAGAGUUCCUUCUACUCAAAAAAUUGCUAAUUAUAAAUUG